GUGGAAUGGGAAGGGCUGGCCGGCGGGGAGGAGCCUCCUGGUCCGUGGCCGCUUUAGGGCUGGGAAGUGCUAAAGGUGCUGGGAGGUGCCAGGUUUAAAACGUGUGGAGCUGGGAAGUGAAGCAGGACAGGACCAGAGAGGCUGAAGAAGCUGACACUCGCCAAACCCCGGAGAAGUCUACAGGUGUGCGCUGAAGCAAGCACUGCUUAAGAGGAGACCACAGGACGUGGAGGUAGACGAGGGACGUGUCUCAAUUGCCACCAGCACUAUGAAUGGAGAUUCAGCUAUCUCAGUCAAUGGCACUGGAACACUUCAAACUCCCAGGGUCCUGAAGACCAUACCUAAGACUGUCCCUCCUGAAUCCAGGAUGGAAUUUCCUGUAACUUCCCAUGAUGGGGAGAUGCAUCCACAACAGAGAGGCUCCAUUGCUGGGGUGUACUUGGAGGCUUCUGCCCAGACCCUGAGCCUCUAUGAAGCCAUACAGCAAGGCCUUCUUCCAGCCAAUGUGGGACUGGCUCUUCUUGAAGCCCAGGCAGCCACUGGAGGCCUCAUUGACCCCACUCAGAGUCAACUGCUCUCUGUGUCUGAAGCAGUGAGGCAGGGGCUGAUUGGCCUUGAGCUAAAGGAGAAGCUGCUCACGGCUGAGCGAGCCCUCACUGGCUAUCCUGACCCCUAUGGACCAGGGAAGCUGUCCCUCUUCCAAGCUCUCCACAAGGAAGUUGUGGCCAGAAAUUCAGGCCUGAGCUGGCUGGAAGCCCAGCUGGCCACAGGUGGCAUAAUUGAUCCUGCAAAAGGAAGUCGUGUCUCACUAGAACUUGCCUACCAGAAGGGCCUCCUGGAUGAGGAAACAGGCCACAGACUAUCUGACCCCACAUCUGAUGGCCCCCGGACCUUCUUUGACCCCAACACACAGGAACCACUUACCUACCAAGAGCUUAGGAACAGGUGUAUGCUGAGCCCUGGCACAGGACUACUUCUGCUCCCACUGAAGAUCACUUUCCCGGCUCUGGGAGGGAUGGUAAGCAGUGAACAGCUCCUGGAAGCUGGCAUCCUGCCCAGGAAAGUAUUUGAGGACCUGAGGAAAGGAAGACUGCUAGUAUCUGAGGUGAGGGCCCAGGAAGAAGUGCAGCGUUACUUGGAAGGAACAGGCAGUGUGGUUGGGGUCCUCUUGAUAUCUACAGGCCAGAAGAAGACCAUCUACCAGGCCCUGAUAGAGCAUCUCCUUCCCCCUGGCACUGCACUUGCCCUCCUUCAGGCACAGGCUGCUACUUGUUCGCUCAUGGAUCCUGCCAAUGAAAAGAAGCUGGGACUGGAUGAAGCUAUUAAGGUUGGACUUGUGGGACCUGAGUUCCGGGAGAAACUCUUGAUAGCAGAGCGGGCAGUGACUGGGUACCCAGAUCCCUUCAGCAAGAAUCUCAUCCCCCUCUUUCAAGCCAUGAGGAAGGGGCUUGUGCAGAAGGAAUUGGCCCUACGGCUUCUAGAGGUUCAGCUAGCCACAGGGGGGAUUAUUGACCCUGCUAGGAAACACCGGCUUCCUCUGGAGACUGCUUUUCAAUGGAACUGUCUAGACAAGGAGACACUUGCCAGUCUCUCCCAACCUACUGGCUUCUUUGAUCCCAACACCCAGGAGAACCUCACCUAUGAGCAGUUGCUAGUCUGCUGCGUCACUGAUCCAGCCACUGGCUCCCUUUUCCUGCCCCUCUUUGGGGAAGAUCACAGGGGACAUUCAGAAGGGUGCUGGUUCAUUGACCAUGCUACCCAAGAGGGACUGAGGAAGGCCACAACAGUUGCUACAUCAGGGAAGUUCAAAGGACAAAAGGUAUCUCUUUGGAAGCUGCUCUUCUCAGAUGCCAUCCCAACAGAGCAGAGAGCUGCCCUAGCUCAUCAGUACAAGGAGGGAGCACUCUCAGCAAAGAUGCUGGCGUCCCAGCUCAUUGCCACCAUAGAUCAGGCUGCUGCUACUUCCCGUGUCACCUUCAAAGGCCUAAGGGAUCCUGUGACCCCAGGGGAGCUUCUCAAGUCAGAGAUCAUUAAUCAGGACCUGUAUGAGAAGUUGGAACAAGGACAGACAACAGCACAGGAUGUGGGGGACCUUGACACUGUCAGGAAGUACCUGCAAGGGACAGGGUGCAUCAGUGGCCUGCUCCUGCCCGACUCCCAGGAAAAGAUCAGUAUCUAUGAGGCCAGAAGGAAGGGUUACCUGAGACCAGGGACAUCCCUCAUUCUUCUGGAGGCCCAGGCAGCCACAGGUUUUAUCAUCGACCCAAAGGAGAACAAGAGAUAUUCUGUGGAAGAUGCCCUGCGGGCCAAUAUCAUCGGACCUGAUGUUUAUGAAAAACUACUGUCAGCGGAGAGAGCGGUGACAGGUUACAUGGACCCAUACACGGGAGACAGGCUUUCCUUGUUCCAGGCCAUGAACAAAGACCUCAUUGUUAGGAACCAUGGCAUCCGCUUACUGGAGGCCCAGAUAGCCACAGGUGGCAUCAUCGAUCCUGUGCAUAGCCACCGGGUCCCUGUAGAGGUGGCCUACAAGCGUGGCUACUUUGACCGGACAAUGAAUCUGAUCUUAUCUGACCCCUCCGAUGAUACCAGGGGCUUCUUUGAUCCCAACACACAUGAGAACCUCACCUACCUGCAGCUGCUGGAAAAGUGUGUGACGGAGCCAGUCACUGGUCUUUCCCUCUUGCCACUCAACAGCCGAAAGCCUCAGCUGGUGAGUGAAGCCACCCGCCAGGCUUUCCAGAACUCCUUCCUGAUGGUGAAAUAUGGCAGGUUCAAAGGCCAACAGAUCUCUGUAUGGGAGCUGAUCAACUCUGAGUACUUCAGUGAGGGCCAGAGGAGGGAGAUUCUGACCCACUACAGGCUGAAGAAGAUAACCUUGGAGCAAAUUGUGCAGAGAUUAAAAGAAGAGAUGAAAAAGUGGGCAGGCAUCACUCUACCAACCCUCCGGGGUUGUGUCACUGCCUAUCAGCUCCUGGAGUCUCACAUCAUUGACCAUGUCCUCCUAGAGAAGGUGCUGGAGGGAAGGGUGAGUCCUCAGGAGCUCUUGAAAAUGGAGUCAGUCCGCAAGUAUCUGCAUGGCUCAGGCACCAUUGGGGGAGUCCUCCUGCAGCCUUCUAACCAGAAGCUUAGUUUUUAUGAAGCCAUGAAGCAGAAAUUAUUGGGACCUAGUGUGGCCCUUCCUCUCCUUGAAGCCCAGGCUGCCACUGGUUCCAUCAUUGACCCUGUGAGCAAUGAGAAGCUAUCUGUGGAUGAUGCUGUAAGAAAGGGAUUGGUGGGGCCAGAGCUCCAUGAGAAGCUCCAUUAUGCUGAGGAAGCAGUGACAGGCUUCAUGGACCCCUUUACAGGCAAGAAGGUUUCCCUUUUCCAAGCAAUGAAAAAGGGUCUAGUCCCUUCCCAGCAGGCCAUGCAGCUCCUAGAAGCCCAGGUAGCUACCGGAGGUAUCAUUGAUCCAAACAGCCACCACCAUGUCCCUAUGGAAGUGGCCACCCAGCGAGGUUACAUUGAUGAGGAGAUGGAGAAGACUCUUUCUGGAGCCUCCCCUGCCACCAUGCAGACAUUCUCUACAGUGGAUGGGAGUGAGAACAUCAGCUAUGCCCAGCUUAUAGAGCACUGUCAGCAAGAUGAGGCUUCUGGAUGUCAUCUGCUACCCCUGCCCCAAAGAGCUGCCCCGAUCCCCACAGAUGAACAAAUCCAACAGGUCUUCCAGGGCACACUGGUGACAGAGAAGGCUAUUUCCCUCUGGGACCUGCUGUAUUCUGGGCACUUCACUGAGGAUCAAAGGGCAGCCUUCUUGGAAGACUUCCGGCUGGGGCGGAUGACAAUACAAGAAAUUGUAGCUGCCGCUCUGAAGCAGGUAAGAGAGUCAGAACUGCAAGCUCAGACCCAUAUCAUGCUACAAGGCCUACGGGGGGAUGUCCCUGCUGUCUGGAUGCUGGACACAGGAAUCAUUGACCUGGAGACACUGGAGGGACUGGUUCAAGGGACACAGUCACCAACUGAGGUUGCCCAGAGGCCAGAGGUGAAAAAGUACUUACAAGGAACAGGAUGCAUUGCUGGGGUCCAGGUGGAGGGCUCCAAAGCCAAGAUGAGCAUCUACCAGGCUAUGAAAAGCAACUUGCUUCCCCCUGGCCUGGGGCUGAGGCUGUUGGAAGCCCAGCUGGCUGCAGGCUCACUUGUCAACCCACAGAACAACCAGAAAUUGUCUGUGGAAGAUGCAAUCAAGACUGGCGUGAUUGGAGGAGAGCUGAGUGAGCAGCUCAUUCAAGCAGAGCGAGCAGUGACUGGUUACAGUGAUCCAUACACAGGCAGCACCAUCUCUGUUUGGCAAGCCAUGGGCAAGGGGCUAAUUGACCAAAGCGAAGCCUUCCUCCUUCUGCAAGUACAGUUGGCUACCGGGGGCAUUGUAGACCCUAUUCAUCACUUGCAUCUACCCAUGCCAGCUGCCUACAAGCUUGGCUUCAUAGAUGAAGAGACAGCACAGGUUUUAACCAAGAACACUGGAGAUAAGAAAUUUUUUUUUGACCCCAACACUCGGGACGAGGUGACAUACCAAGAGUUAAAGGACAGGUGCAUCUUGGACUCUGAGACAAAUCUAUGGCUGCUCCCACUUUCCCGGAGUGUGGCGUUGGAUGUAGAUGACCACACCAUCAUGGCUCUGAAAGCCAUGACAGUUCCUGUCAAAGUGGGGAGGUUCAAAGGCCAAACUGUGUCACUGUGGGACCUGCUCCACUCUGAGUACGUUAGUGCUGACAAGCAGAAGGAAUUGGUAGAACUGGGUCGUUCAGGGAGGGCUGCAGCCCUACGCCAGGUGGUCACAGAUGUCACCACUCUUAUUGAGGAGACAGAGGAGAGGGCCAGGAAGAUCACAUUCCCUGGCCUCAGGAAGCAGGUGUCAGCUAAUGACCUGUUCAAAUCCCAUCUGAUUGACAAGAAAACACUGGAUGACCUGAACCAGGGGAUAAAAACAGUGUAUGAAGUGACCAAAAUGGAUGGUGUGAAACAGUUCCUGGAGGGGGUCAACUUCAUAGCUGGAGUCUUCAUUCAGGGCACAAAAGACAGGCUGAGCAUCUAUGAUGCCAUGCAGAGGGGCAUAUUGAGGCCAGGCACAGCUCUGGUGCUGCUAGAGGCCCAGGCUGCCACUGGUUUCAUCAUUGACCCUGUAGAGAACAAGAAGAUGUCUGUAGAGCAAGCAUUCUCAGUGGGACUCAUUGGAAGGGAAGUAUAUGAGAAACUUCUGAGUGCCGAGAAAGCUGUCACUGGCUACAUGGACCCCUACACCAACAAACAAAUUUCCCUCUUUGAAGCCAUGAACAAAGGACUCAUCUUGAAGUGUCAUGCCAUCCGCCUCUUAGAGGCCCAGAUUGCUACGGGCGGCAUCAUUGAUCCAGUGCAUAGCCACCGAGUGCCUGUGGAGGUGGCCUACCAACGUGGCUACUUUGAUGAAGAGAUGAACCAGAUCCUGUCUGACCCUUCAGAUGACACCAAGGGCUUCUUUGACCCCAACACCCAUGAGAACCUCACAUAUCUGCAGCUGUUGGAAAGGUGUAUUCAAGAGCCAGACACGGGGCUCUAUAUGUUGCAAAUAGUACAGAAAGGAGAGAGCUAUGUUUUCAUUGAUGAGGCCACAAAACAGCUGCUGCGAUCCAGGACCACCAAAGUGUCCAUUGGAAAGUUUGCCAAUCAAAUCGUUUCCAUCUGGGACCUGCUUUCGUCUCAGUAUUUCACAUGGCAAAGAAAGAGAGACCUGGUCAGACAGUUCAAAUCGAAGACUGUGCACCUAGAGCAACUCUUAGAAAUCAUCAUGAACACCAUUGAGGAAACUGAAAAACAGAACCAAACCAUUAAGGUGAAAGGACCCUGUGGAGACGUGACAGCUGCAGAGCUCUUCAAUUCUGGGAUCAUCGAUGAGAAAAUUCUUGCUGAUCUUCCAAAGGGAAAACAGGCAGCAGAAAAACUUAGCCAGAUGGAAUCAGUGAAAAGAUACAUAGACGGGACGGGCUGCAUUGCUGGGUUGAUAAUACCAUCUACAAAGGAAAAAAUGAGUGUCUAUGAGGCCAUGAAGAGAAAAGUGAUCCCCAGGGCAAUUGGGAUGCAGCUUCUACAAGCACAGGCUGCCACUGGUUUCAUCAUUAACCCUGUGAAAAACCAAAGAGUGUCUGUGAAUGAAGCGGUGGCUCUAGGUCUCAUAGGUAGGGAGGUACAGGAAGAUCUGCAAGAUGCAGAGAAAGCUGUGUCUGGCUACCUCGACGCAGGCACAGGUGAGAAGAUCUCCCUCUACAAGGCCAUGAAGAAAGGUAUGAUAGAAAAAGAGGAAGCAAUGAGGAUGCUGGAGGCACAGGUGGCCACAGGGGGUGUCAUUGACCCGAGAUAUGGCCACCGUCUCCCUGAAGAGGUGGCCUGUCAAAGAGACUGCUUGGAUUCUGAAACAUUCAGCCUCCUAUCAAACACAAGGCAUGGGAGUAAAAGAUUCCAGGAUCCUAAUACACACGAAAAGAUGAAUUAUGCAGAAUUAUAUUCAAGGUGCAUAAAAGACCGAGAAACAGGCUUGGCUUUGCUUCCCAUAGUCAAGAAUAAAAAGGAUUACAAGCACAUAGAUGAAGCCACUGAGAAGGCGCUCAAAGCAGAAGUGGUGAUGGUAACAAAGGGAAGAUAUAAAGGGAGAAAAAUGUCAGUGUGGGACCUACUCUGUUCUGAAUAUGUCACUGAAGAAAAGAAACAGGAGCUAGUAAGCAAAUACAGACAGGACACAUCGAAAGCAUUAGAAAGUAUUGUAAAAAUUAUAUGGGAAUUAAUUGAAGAAAAAGAAAAGAAAAGAAAGGAGGUAUGGUUCCAAGGAUUAAGAAGACAAGUAACAGCAAAUGAACUUUUCAAAGCAGAUAUCAUUAAUAAAAAUACAUUGGAAGAACUGCAGGAUGGAAGAAAAAAAGUCUCAGAAAUUGCAUUAAAAGAAACAGUAAAAAAGUACCUGGAGGGGACCAGCUGCAUCGCGGGCGUGCUGGUGCCGUCCAAGGCGGAUCCGGCGCAGCAGGAGAAGAUGAGCAUCUACCAGGCCAUGUGGAAGGGCAUCCUGAGGCCCGGCACGGCGCUGGUGCUGCUGGAGGCCCAGGCCGCCACCGGCUUCGUCAUCGACCCGCUGCGCAACCAGAAGCUGUCCGUGGAAGAGGCCGUGGCCGCUGGCGUGGUGGGAGGCGAGAUCCAGGAGAAGCUGCUGUCCGCGGAGAAGGCCGUCACCGGCUACUGCGACCCGUACACGGGAGAGCGGAUCUCCCUCUUCCAGGCCAUGAAGAGGGACCUCAUCGUCAGGGACCACGGCGUGAGGUUGCUGGAGGCCCAGAUCGCCACGGGCGGCAUCAUCGACCCCGUGCACAGCCACCGAGUGCCCGUGGACGUGGCCUUCCAGCGAGGCUACUUUGACGAGGACAUGAGCCAGGUCCUGUCCGACCCCUCCGACGACACCAAGGGCUUCUUUGACCCCAACACGCACGAGAACCUCACCUACAUGCAGCUGAUGCACAGGUGCGUCCGGGACCCCGACACCGGCCUCUACAUGUUGCAGCUGGCCGACAAGGGCUCCGCCGUGUCCCAGCUGAGCGAGCAGAUGCGGCGCAGCCUGAAGGAGGCCACGGUCACCGUCCACGGGGGCCUCUUCAGCGGCCAGACCGUGUCCGUGUGGGAGCUGCUGUUCUGCAGGGACGUGCCCGAGAGCAAGAGGAAGGCGCUGCUGAGGAAGUACCGAGCGGGCACCCUGUCCAUCCAGGAGCUCACCAGCACCCUCACCACCCUGGUGAUCGAGGCCGGGGACGGCAGAGGCCCUGGAGCCACCACUCUCGGCUCGGACAGGCACGCCUCCUCCCGAGAGGGCCUGGGUCCACGGGGCCCGCUGCAGGCCGCCACCAUGGAGGUGAAAGUGGGCCACUGGAGGGGGCGCAAGGUCUCCGUGUGGGACGUCCUGGUGUCCACCUACGUGACCGAGGGUGUCCGGGAGGACCUCCUGGCCCAGUACGACGCGGGGGCCCUGCCCCUGCCAGCCCUGACCCGCAGGCUCACCACCAUCAUCGAGGAGGCAGAGGGGGCGCUGGAGGAGAGCGAAGCCCGUCCGGACGGGGGUCGGCGGAGGGAAGCCCAGGGGGGCCCACGGGGGCCGGAUCCCGACGAGGGGAACGCCCGCCGCCACCGCCGUGAAGAAGCUCUUGGCGUCCUGAGGACCGCCACCAUGGAGGUGAAAGUCGGGCAGCUCAGGGGGCAGAAGGUUCCCGUGAAGGACGUGCUCUUCUCCAGCUACCUGAGCGAGGACAGGAGGGAAGAGUUCUUGGCCCAGUACGCCUCUGGCGCCAUGACCCUGGAGACCCUCAUCGCCACCCUCACCACCAUCAUCGAGGAGUCGGAGGAGAAGCUGAGCAAGGUGUCCUUCCCGGGCCUGAGGAGGAGAGUGACGGUCCAGGAGCUGACCAAGUCCCACAUCCUGAGCCCGGACACCCUGCGGGACCUGGCCCAGGGCACCAAGAGCGUGCAGGAAGUCAAGGAGAUGGUCUCGGUCAAGAGGUACCUGGAGGGGACCAGCUGCAUCGCGGGCGUGCUGGUGCCGUCCAAGGCGGACCCGGCGCAGCAGGAGAAGAUGAGCAUCUACCAGGCCAUGUGGAAGGGCAUCCUGAGGCCCGGCACGGCGCUGGUGCUGCUGGAGGCCCAGGCCGCCACCGGCUUCGUCAUCGACCCGCUGCGCAACCAGAAGCUGUCCGUGGAAGAGGCCGUGGCCGCUGGCGUGGUGGGAGGCGAGAUCCAGGAGAAGCUGCUGUCCGCGGAGAAGGCCGUCACCGGCUACUGCGACCCGUACACGGGAGAGCGGAUCUCCCUCUUCCAGGCCAUGAAGAGGGACCUCAUCGUCAGGGACCACGGCGUGAGGUUGCUGGAGGCCCAGAUCGCCACGGGCGGCAUCAUCGACCCCGUGCACAGCCACCGAGUGCCCGUGGACGUGGCCUUCCAGCGAGGCUACUUUGACGAGGACAUGAGCCAGGUCCUGUCCGACCCCUCCGACGACACCAAGGGCUUCUUUGACCCCAACACGCACGAGAACCUCACCUACAUGCAGCUGAUGCACAGGUGCGUCCGGGACCCCGACACCGGCCUCUACAUGUUGCAGCUGGCCGACAAGGGCUCCGCCGUGUCCCAGCUGAGCGAGCAGAUGCGGCGCAGCCUGAAGGAGGCCACGGUCACCGUCCACGGGGGCCUCUUCAGCGGCCAGACCGUGUCCGUGUGGGAGCUGCUGUUCUGCAGGGACGUGCCCGAGAGCAAGAGGCAGGUGCUGCUGAGGAAGUACCGAGCGGGCACCCUGUCCAUCCAGGAGCUCACCAGCACCCUCACCACCCUGGUGAUCGAGGCCGGGGACGGCAGAGGCCCUGGAGCCACCACUCUCGGCUCGGACAGGCACGCCUCCUCCCGAGAGGACCUGGGUCCACGGGGCCCGCUGCAGGCCGCCACCAUGGAGGUGAAAGUGGGCCACUGGAGGGGGCGCAAGGUCUCCGUGUGGGACGUCCUGGUGUCCACCUACGUGACCGAGGGUGUCCGGGAGGACCUCCUGGCCCAGUACGACGCGGGGGCCCUGCCCCUGCCAGCCCUGACCCGCAGGCUCACCACCAUCAUCGAGGAGGCAGAGGGGGCGCUGGAGGAGAGCGAAGCCCGUCCGGACGGGGGUCGGCGGAGGGAAGCCCAGGGGGGCCCACGGGGGCCGGAUCCCGACGAGGGGAACGCCCGCCGCCACCGCCGUGAAGAAGCUCUUGGCGUCCUGAGGACCGCCACCAUGGAGGUGAAAGUCGGGCAGCUCAGGGGGCAGAAGGUUCCCGUGAAGGACGUGCUCUUCUCCAGCUACCUGAGCGAGGACAAGAGGGAAGAGUUCUUGGCCCAGUACGCCUCUGGCGCCAUGACCCUGGAGACCCUCAUCGCCACCCUCACCACCAUCAUCGAGGAGUCGGAGGAGAAGCUGAGCAAGGUGUCCUUCCCGGGCCUGAGGAGGAGAGUGACGGUCCAGGAGCUGACCAAGUCCCACAUCCUGAGCCCGGACACCCUGCGGGACCUGGCCCAGGGCACCAAGAGCGUGCAGGAAGUCAAGGAGAUGGUCUCGGUCAAGAGGUACCUGGAGGGGACCAGCUGCAUCGCGGGCGUGCUGGUGCCGUCCAAGGCGGACCCGGCGCAGCAGGAGAAGAUGAGCAUCUACCAGGCCAUGUGGAAGGGCAUCCUGAGGCCCGGCACGGCGCUGGUGCUGCUGGAGGCCCAGGCCGCCACCGGCUUCGUCAUCGACCCGCUGCGCAACCAGAAGCUGUCCGUGGAAGAGGCCGUGGCCGCUGGCGUGGUGGGAGGCGAGAUCCAGGAGAAGCUGCUGUCCGCGGAGAAGGCCGUCACCGGCUACUGCGACCCGUACACGGGAGAGCGGAUCUCCCUCUUCCAGGCCAUGAAGAGGGACCUCAUCGUCAGGGACCACGGCGUGAGGUUGCUGGAGGCCCAGAUCGCCACGGGCGGCAUCAUCGACCCCGUGCACAGCCACCGAGUGCCCGUGGACGUGGCCUUCCAGCGAGGCUACUUUGACGAGGACAUGAGCCAGGUCCUGUCCGACCCCUCCGACGACACCAAGGGCUUCUUUGACCCCAACACGCACGAGAACCUCACCUACAUGCAGCUGAUGCACAGGUGCGUCCGGGACCCCGACACCGGCCUCUACAUGUUGCAGCUGGCCGACAAGGGCUCCGCCGUGUCCCAGCUGAGCGAGCAGAUGCGGCGCAGCCUGAAGGAGGCCACGGUCACCGUCCACGGGGGCCUCUUCAGCGGCCAGACCGUGUCCGUGUGGGAGCUGCUGUUCUGCAGGGACGUGCCCGAGAGCAAGAGGCAGGCGCUGCUGAGGAAGUACCGAGCGGGCACCCUGUCCAUCCAGGAGCUCACCAGCACCCUCACCACCCUGGUGAUCGAGGCCAGGGACGGCAGAGGCCCUGGAGCCACCGCUCUCGGCUCGGACAGGCACGCCUCCUCCGGAGAGGGCCGGGAUCCACGGGGCCCGCUGCAGGCCGCCACCAUGGAGGUGAAAGUGGGCCACUGGAGGGGGCGCAAGGUCUCCGUGUGGGACGUCCUGGUGUCCACCUACGUGACCGAGGGUGUCCGGGAGGACCUCCUGGCCCAGUACGACGCGGGGGCCCUGCCCCUGCCAGCCCUGACCCGCAGGCUCACCACCAUCAUCGAGGAGGCAGAGGGGGCGCUGGAGGAGAGCGAAGCCCGUCCGGACGGGGGUCGGCGGAGGGAAGCCCAGGGGGGCCCACGGGGGCCGGAUCCCGACGAGGGGAACGCCCGCCGCCACCGCCGUGAAGAAGCUCUUGGCGUCCUGAGGACCGCCACCAUGGAGGUGAAAGUCGGGCAGCUCAGGGGGCAGAAGGUUCCCGUGAAGGACGUGCUCUUCUCCAGCUACCUGAGCGAGGACAGGAGGGAAGAGUUCUUGGCCCAGUACGCCUCUGGCGCCAUGACCCUGGAGACCCUCAUCGCCACCCUCACCACCAUCAUCGAGGAGUCGGAGGAGAAGCUGAGCAAGGUGUCCUUCCCGGGCCUGAGGAGGAGAGUGACGGUCCAGGAGCUGACCAAGUCCCACAUCCUGAGCCCGGACACCCUGCGGGACCUGGCCCAGGGCACCAAGAGCGUGCAGGAAGUCAAGGAGAUGGUCUCGGUCAAGAGGUACCUGGAGGGGACCAGCUGCAUCGCGGGCGUGCUGGUGCCGUCCAAGGCGGACCCGGCGCAGCAGGAGAAGAUGAGCAUCUACCAGGCCAUGUGGAAGGGCAUCCUGAGGCCCGGCACGGCGCUGGUGCUGCUGGAGGCCCAGGCCGCCACCGGCUUCGUCAUCGACCCGCUGCGCAACCAGAAGCUGUCCGUGGAAGAGGCCGUGGCCGCUGGCGUGGUGGGAGGCGAGAUCCAGGAGAAGCUGCUGUCCGCGGAGAAGGCCGUCACCGGCUACUGCGACCCGUACACGGGAGAGCGGAUCUCCCUCUUCCAGGCCAUGAAGAGGGACCUCAUCGUCAGGGACCACGGCGUGAGGUUGCUGGAGGCCCAGAUCGCCACGGGCGGCAUCAUCGACCCCGUGCACAGCCACCGAGUGCCCGUGGACGUGGCCUUCCAGCGAGGCUACUUUGACGAGGACAUGAGCCAGGUCCUGUCCGACCCCUCCGACGACACCAAGGGCUUCUUUGACCCCAACACGCACGAGAACCUCACCUACAUGCAGCUGAUGCACAGGUGCGUCCGGGACCCCGACACCGGCCUCUACAUGUUGCAGCUGGCCGACAAGGGCUCCGCCGUGUCCCAGCUGAGCGAGCAGAUGCGGCGCAGCCUGAAGGAGGCCACGGUCACCGUCCACGGGGGCCUCUUCAGCGGCCAGACCGUGUCCGUGUGGGAGCUGCUGUUCUGCAGGGACGUGCCCGAGAGCAAGAGGCAGGCGCUGCUGAGGAAGUACCGAGCGGGCACCCUGUCCAUCCAGGAGCUCACCAGCACCCUCACCACCCUGGUGAUCGAGGCCGGGGACGGCAGAGGCCCUGGAGCCACCACUCUCGGCUCGGACAGGCACGCCUCCUCCCGAGAGGGCCUGGGUCCACGGGGCCCGCUGCAGGCCGCCACCAUGGAGGUGAAAGUGGGCCACUGGAGGGGGCGCAAGGUCUCCGUGUGGGACGUCCUGGUGUCCACCUACGUGACCGAGGGUGUCCGGGAGGACCUCCUGGCCCAGUACGACGCGGGGGCCCUGCCCCUGCCAGCCCUGACCCGCAGGCUCACCACCAUCAUCGAGGAGGCAGAGGGGGCGCUGGAGGAGAGCGAAGCCCGUCCGGACGGGGGUCGGCGGAGGGAAGCCCAGGGGGGCCCACGGGGGCCGGAUCCCGACGAGGGGAACGCCCGCCGCCACCGCCGUGAAGAAGCUCUUGGCGUCCUGAGGACCGCCACCAUGGAGGUGAAAGUCGGGCAGCUCAGGGGGCAGAAGGUUCCCGUGAAGGACGUGCUCUUCUCCAGCUACCUGAGCGAGGACAGGAGGGAAGAGUUCUUGGCCCAGUACGCCUCUGGCGCCAUGACCCUGGAGACCCUCAUCGCCACCCUCACCACCAUCAUCGAGGAGUCGGAGGAGAAGCUGAGCAAGGUGUCCUUCCCGGGCCUGAGGAGGAGAGUGACGGUCCAGGAGCUGACCAAGUCCCACAUCCUGAGCCCGGACACCCUGCGGGACCUGGCCCAGGGCACCAAGAGCGUGCAGGAAGUCAAGGAGAUGGUCUCGGUCAAGAGGUACCUGGAGGGGACCAGCUGCAUCGCGGGCGUGCUGGUGCCGUCCAAGGCGGACCCGGCGCAGCAGGAGAAGAUGAGCAUCUACCAGGCCAUGUGGAAGGGCAUCCUGAGGCCCGGCACGGCGCUGGUGCUGCUGGAGGCCCAGGCCGCCACCGGCUUCGUCAUCGACCCGCUGCGCAACCAGAAGCUGUCCGUGGAAGAGGCCGUGGCCGCUGGCGUGGUGGGAGGCGAGAUCCAGGAGAAGCUGCUGUCCGCGGAGAAGGCCGUCACCGGCUACUGCGACCCGUACACGGGAGAGCGGAUCUCCCUCUUCCAGGCCAUGAAGAGGGACCUCAUCGUCAGGGACCACGGCGUGAGGUUGCUGGAGGCCCAGAUCGCCACGGGCGGCAUCAUCGACCCCGUGCACAGCCACCGAGUGCCCGUGGACGUGGCCUUCCAGCGAGGCUACUUUGACGAGGACAUGAGCCAGGUCCUGUCCGACCCCUCCGACGACACCAAGGGCUUCUUUGACCCCAACACGCACGAGAACCUCACCUACAUGCAGCUGAUGCACAGGUGCGUCCGGGACCCCGACACCGGCCUCUACAUGUUGCAGCUGGCCGACAAGGGCUCCGCCGUGUCCCAGCUGAGCGAGCAGAUGCGGCGCAGCCUGAAGGAGGCCACGGUCACCGUCCACGGGGGCCUCUUCAGCGGCCAGACCGUGUCCGUGUGGGAGCUGCUGUUCUGCAGGGACGUGCCCGAGAGCAAGAGGAAGGCGCUGCUGAGGAAGUACCGAGCGGGCACCCUGUCCAUCCAGGAGCUCACCAGCACCCUCACCACCCUGGUGAUCGAGGCCGGGGACGGCAGAGGCCCUGGAGCCACCACUCUCGGCUCGGACAGGCACGCCUCCUCCCGAGAGGGCCUGGGUCCACGGGGCCCGCUGCAGGCCGCCACCAUGGAGGUGAAAGUGGGCCACUGGAGGGGGCGCAAGGUCUCCGUGUGGGACGUCCUGGUGUCCACCUACGUGACCGAGGGUGUCCGGGAGGACCUCCUGGCCCAGUACGACGCGGGGGCCCUGCCCCUGCCAGCCCUGACCCGCAGGCUCACCACCAUCAUCGAGGAGGCAGAGGGGGCGCUGGAGGAGAGCGAAGCCCGUCCGGACGGGGGUCGGCGGAGGGAAGCCCAGGGGGGCCCACGGGGGCCGGAUCCCGACGAGGGGAACGCCCGCCGCCACCGCCGUGAAGAAGCUCUUGGCGUCCUGAGGACCGCCACCAUGGAGGUGAAAGUCGGGCAGCUCAGGGGGCAGAAGGUUCCCGUGAAGGACGUGCUCUUCUCCAGCUACCUGAGCGAGGACAGGAGGGAAGAGUUCUUGGCCCAGUACGCCUCUGGCGCCAUGACCCUGGAGACCCUCAUCGCCACCCUCACCACCAUCAUCGAGGAGUCGGAGGAGAAGCUGAGCAAGGUGUCCUUCCCGGGCCUGAGGAGGAGAGUGACGGUCCAGGAGCUGACCAAGUCCCACAUCCUGAGCCCGGACACCCUGCGGGACCUGGCCCAGGGCACCAAGAGCGUGCAGGAAGUCAAGGAGAUGGUCUCGGUCAAGAGGUACCUGGAGGGGACCAGCUGCAUCGCGGGCGUGCUGGUGCCGUCCAAGGCGGACCCGGCGCAGCAGGAGAAGAUGAGCAUCUACCAGGCCAUGUGGAAGGGCAUCCUGAGGCCCGGCACGGCGCUGGUGCUGCUGGAGGCCCAGGCCGCCACCGGCUUCGUCAUCGACCCGCUGCGCAACCAGAAGCUGUCCGUGGAAGAGGCCGUGGCCGCUGGCGUGGUGGGAGGCGAGAUCCAGGAGAAGCUGCUGUCCGCGGAGAAGGCCGUCACCGGCUACUGCGACCCGUACACGGGAGAGCGGAUCUCCCUCUUCCAGGCCAUGAAGAGGGACCUCAUCGUCAGGGACCACGGCGUGAGGUUGCUGGAGGCCCAGAUCGCCACGGGCGGCAUCAUCGACCCCGUGCACAGCCACCGAGUGCCCGUGGACGUGGCCUUCCAGCGAGGCUACUUUGACGAGGACAUGAGCCAGGUCCUGUCCGACCCCUCCGACGACACCAAGGGCUUCUUUGACCCCAACACGCACGAGAACCUCACCUACAUGCAACUCCUUCAAAGAUGUACCUUGGACCCUGACAGUGGUCUUUUAUUUCUUUCCCUUAAGUAAUGUUCAUUCUCUUUUAUUUUAUUGAUUUUAGUUUUAUUUUUUCCAUGUAAUUUUCUCUAUUUUUCCUCAAUAUCUUUCCCCUUUCCUCCCAUUUUUGUAUUGAUUGUUUUUUUUCUACGUCACUUUUUUAUUGUUUUAUUGCCUGUUUCCCACAUAUCUGUGUAUAUAUUUAUUAAUAUAAUACUUAUAGAUCUGCUAUUUCACAUUUUGUUUUCAUCUUUUUUCUCUACAUUUAUUUUCAUUCAAUUAGUUUUCCCUUUAUAAUUCACAUCCUAAUGGAACCAUAACCUUAAAUUCUGCAGUCGCAGUCAUAAAUCUUCGUAUGAACCUCUUCUUUUACAGGGUCUUCCACUGUUUCCUAAAUGAGGUGACAUCCGCAGGUGCCAGUUAAUUUUGUCUUCUACUCUUAAUUCUGUUGACCUUCAUUGAGAUUAUUCCAAUUCUUUAUGUGGAUAAAAUGUAAAAACGAUUCUGCUUUCAUUCCCUAGACUAGUUAUGACCCAAAUGGUACAUUUUUUCUUUCUUCUUUCGCUUCUCAACAAAUUUCAGUCCUCUUUAAUAGGAGGAAAAGGAAUUGAUGAGGAGAUAUAAAUUGUGAUCCCAGCUGCGACAUUUCAUUUUUCAUUCCCUAUUUUCAUAUGUUUUCUUUUUAAUAUUAUUUGACCAAUCAUGAUUCUGUUUAUAAUUUAAUUCCUUUGAAGGAUGUCACAUUGCUUUGGUAAUUUGUUAAAAUACCAAUAGGUUUUGCCUUCAUUAGGCAUGCUUUGGUCCUGUCCAGUGUUGAGGGAUGCAGUGAAUAAUUUUGCAAUCCAGGUGUUUUGAUUAGAAGAUUUGUUGGUCUGGGAGUGACUCUAAUGCCUUUUGGGAAAUAGUAAAAGCUUUGAAUAUCACUGUAUCUCAAUUCCUAUUGAAUGUGAGAUAGACUCUCAGGUUUUCAAUGUCAAAGUCAGAAAUACUUAUCAUCAUAAUGUAUAUGUUUAUGUAUUUUCUCCCUAAGAUCAAAUGUCUUAUUUUGGUGUAAAUUUGAGUGAUCAUAGUGAAUUGGUACCUCUGGGUAUUUGCUGGUUUCCCUACUAUUGAACAGGAAAUGCUCCCUAAAUAGGUAAAUUUGUGGUCAAUCAAAACUCACACUAGAGGUAUGAAAGGGUAUCUAUUUAUAAAAGUUAUAUAUCUGAUACCAAAUAUAUUGAGAUUUAGUUUGGGGAAGCAUUUGGUUGGCUAUUUGUCUUCGAAAAAUGAAGGAACAGAAACGAUUGAUCUGGCACCUAGAUCCUUCUAAUUUUGGAGUUCUUCUAAGCCUGUAAAGCCCCGUCAACUGGAAUUCAAGUCAAUGAUAAAAAUUUAGCCAGGUGGUCAGGUUUUUUGGUUCUUCCUUAUAUGCAAAGAAAUGGGACUCUGCUCUUCUAUUCUUUGAUGUUAUUUUUCUCACCUUCCAGAAUCUUUCUCUUUGUGUUGCUCUUGGGAGUUUGAAGUAUUAAAAAUUUAGCUCAAAUA